AUGAAGUUCAUGAAAGUGGGCCGUGUGGCCAUCAUCACACGAGGACGUUAUGCCGGCAAGAAGGUCGUAAUCAUUCAGCCGUACGAUGCUGGUUCAAAGGCCCACCCGUUCCCCUACGCCCUCGUCGCUGGCAUUGAGCGAUAUCCUUCGAAAGUGACUCGCAGAAUGGGCGCCAAGAAGGUCGCGAAGCGAAGCAAGGUCAAGCCAUUCAUCAAGACCGUCAACUACAAUCACCUUAUGCCCACUCGCUAUACGCUCGAGCUUGAGGGACUCAAAGGCGUUAUCACAAAUGAUACCUUCAAGGAGGUAUCGCAACGGGAGGAGGCUAAGAAGGUCGUCAAGAAAUCGUUGGAGGAGCGGUACACCAGUGGGAAGAACAAAUGGUUCUUCACCCCUCUGAGAUUCUAA